UUUCAAUAACAUCGUUAUCGAUAUAUUUGUAAGCGUGAUAUAUCAAAACGUGUUUAUCGUGUCUACGGAAAUGAUGAUAAUACUCAGGAUAACCACAAACUAUAUGUCUUAACUAUUAUUCAUCUUUUUCAUUUCAUUUAUUUUCUAUUGUUCUCGAUAAAAAAAUAAUAUAUUUAAAUUACUUGUUAUUAUUCCAAAGUGCAUCAUAUAUAUUUGCCAUAAAAAAUUACGGUCUCUUUUCAAAUAAUUUAUCUGUUAAGUCAUUUUACAAAAAUGCCGGAUUCUAUUUUAUCGUUAAACCAAAAUUUAAUCGGCCGCGUUUCCUUCAGGAUGGUCGGGAAAGACGGGAAGGUGGAAUCUAAGCGAGAAAUCGUGAAACAGGGAUAUAUGGUUAAGAGAUCACAAAAUAAAAAAAGAUUUACGCCAAUUAAUUACAAACAAAGAUGGUUCGUGCUGACAAGAUAUUAUCUUGCUUAUUAUGACAGUGAUGGUGAACGACGAAAAGAACGAGGGAGGAUCGCCAUCGAGAGUGUGCACGUGGUAGAAACUGCGACCCUUGGAUCUGGAAGCAGCAGCAGCAACGUGGCUGCCGGCAGCGAAUCUGGAUCCGGAGGCGGGGGUGGUAUACCUCCGGGUCUUCCGUUUCAAGUUGGAUACCGAGAAGCUGGCCAGGAGUACACUCUUUAUCUAUUGGCGGCCAGAGAACAAGAUAGGGCUGAGUGGAUUCGUGCUCUACGUGCAGUGUGCAGCGAAAACCCCGGGCUGUCAGGUCGUUAUCACACCGGACUGUGGAGUGGCAAGCGUUGGUCUUGCUGUCGCUUGUCCUCCCGGUCAGCAGAGGGUUGCGACACUUGCAGCUCGUGGUCACCACCAAAGCCCUCUUCAAACGCCACAAUAAAUUCCUCGAGUCCUUUAUCGGCUAUUAACACGAUAACGAACACACUUGAAGGUGAUCAGGAGAGACGGACUCAACAGCAGCAACAACAGCCAUCGCCAAUAACAACAACAAUAACCACCACAUUAACCACGACAACUGGAACUGCUGCUGAAGCAAACAAUAAUCCCAUCAUUCAGUCCCAGGCACGAUCAAUUGGUGGUACACCAUCGACGCCGAUAAUGCCGGGUGGAGCGCCCGGAACUCCUUCCUCAAAAGCCAAGGAAAAACUGAUGCUGAGGACGAAAGUCGUUGUGGCUCUGUAUCCAUUUCGAGCAAUUGAGGGAGGAGAUUUGUCAUUGGAAAAGGGAGCCGAGUACGAGGUGCUAGAUGACUCACAGGAGCACUGGUGGAAGGUCAAGGAUGAGCAGGGAUCCAUCGGUUAUAUUCCCAGCAAUUAUGUCAAAGAAAAAGAACUCUUGGGUCUUCAGAAAUACGAAUGGUACGUAGGCGAUAUGUCGCGGCAACGAGCCGAGUCUCUCCUCAAGCAAGAGGACAAAGAGGGCUGUUUCGUCGUUCGCAAUUCAUCUACCAAGGGCUUGUAUACUCUCUCGCUCUAUACUAAAGUACCCCAUCCUCACGUUAAGCACUACCACAUAAAGCAGAACACCCGAGGCGAGUUUUACCUGUCGGAAAAGCACUGCUGCGGCUCUAUUCCCGACUUAGUAAAUUACCACCGGCACAAUAGCGGCGGGCUGGCAAGUCGCUUAAAAACGAGUCCUUGUGAUCGACCUGUACCACCUACUGCUGGGUUAAGUCAUGACAAGUGGGAAAUUGAUCCGACGGAGCUGCAUUUGUUGGAAGAACUUGGCUCCGGACAGUUUGGCGUAGUUCGACGGGGAAAAUGGCGUGGGUCUAUUGAUGUUGCUGUUAAAAUGAUGAAAGAGGGUACUAUGUCCGAAGAUGAUUUUAUUGAGGAAGCAAAAGUCAUGACAAAAUUACAACACACAAAUCUAGUCCAACUGUAUGGAGUUUGUAGUAAAGACAGACCGAUAUAUAUUGUUACUGAGUACAUGCGUCAUGGAUCUCUUCUCAACUACCUCCGUCGACAUGAAGCCUCCUUAUCCACUAAUGUCGGUUACCUUCUUGACAUUUGUAUACAGGUUUGCAGAGGAAUGGCGUAUCUUGAAAGGCGUAAUUACAUCCACAGGGAUCUCGCUGCGCGUAAUUGUCUUGUUGGAUCUGAGAACGUAGUAAAAGUUGCUGAUUUUGGUUUAGCGAGGUAUGUUCUGGAUGAUCAGUAUACCAGCAGCGGUGGUACCAAGUUUCCAAUAAAAUGGGCACCGCCAGAAGUCCUUAAUUAUACGCGGUUUAGUUCAAAGUCAGAUGUAUGGGCUUAUGGUGUACUUAUGUGGGAAGUUUUUACUUGUGGUAAAAUGCCUUACGGGCGUUUGAAGAACGCUGAAGUUGUAGAUAGAGUUCAACGUGGUCUUAUACUUGAAAAACCAAAAGCAUGCGUCAAAGAAGUUUAUGAGGUAAUGAGGAAAUGUUGGGCUCAUUGUCCAGAAGUACGACCGUCAUUUCGCGUUCUGAAAGAACAACUGAUCAACGUUAAUCAGGGUUUAGUUAAUGAUUGACUCAACCUUCUGCGGUGUCUGCGCCUCUCUUUGUCUCCAACAAACUGCACGAUUGUCACACCAAAAUCACCGUCUCCUGGACGAUCGCCUUCUAUCGUGCCGUCAAUAAGUUCAUCGUACAACUCAGCAACGCUUCCUACACCGCGAAAAAUACGUGAGCCCGCUUCGCUGCCAACUUCCAUUGAUUUUCUUCAUUUGUCAUCCUCAUUGUCUACAACAACAACACCAACACCAACAACAACAACAAUAACACCAACGACAUUAAGUAAAACUAAGAGAGAUGAAAGUACAUCAUCACCAAACAGAACAACUGUUGGUCAGGUGGCUAGUCAGCCGUCCUCGAGUACAUCAAAUGUUUGCGAAAUUUGUAGCAUGUAUGGGCAUCCCUGGAUCGAAAUUUGUAACGCUAUUCGUGCCACUAAAGGUCAAUGAUUUAUGUUUGUCGAUAGAUUAAAUUUAUUACUCAUUAUCAUUAUCAUUAUUACUACUACUAUUAUUAUUAUUAUCAUUAUUAUUAUUAUUAUUAUUAUUUUUAUUACUAUCGUUUAUUCUCUCGUGACUCAUUUUAUGAAUUAUUCUUUGAUUCGAAUAAACAUUUUAUCGCAAUUAUUUUUUUACACGUGGAGAAACAUAUCUUGUAAAAUUAAGUAAUUGCAAUUAGUGAUGACUAAUUUAUUAUUAAAUAAUUUAUCAAUUGAAUUAUGUAAUAAAUCACAGAGAUAAUAUUUAUCACAGACUACUGAGUUUAAAAAUUGAGCAACGAAAAAAUAAAUGUUGAUAAAGAAAAAAAAUUUAUCAUGACAAAUUGCGACUUCGUCCAUAAAACAAAUAGUUUUUUUAUCGAUUUAAUUUUUUUACAGAAUAAUUAACAUUGAAAUUAUUAAAUUUGUGAGAUAAAAAAUCAAAAUAAGUUUUUUUUUUUAAAUGAUAAAUAUUUCGACAACGAAAAAAAAUUAAGUCGCAUUGUAAAGUUAAAUGAAUAUCAAUAGCAAUUAUUAUUUUUAUUAGAAUGUCAUUAUUCUUCGUAAUAAUAAAUUUAAAACAAACAACGUCACGUAAUAAUCAAUAACGUAAAAAAAUAAAAAAUACUUAAAUAACGUACGCAAUAAUAGAUUACAGGUAAAUUUAGAUUUUUGCCUUAUUGAGGAUGGAAAAAAAUAAAUAAUUUGAAAACCCGCAUUGUAAAUACUCAUGUGUAAACUUAGUAUUAAUAAAAAAAUAAUCCGAGACAAAUGUACACAGAAAAAAAUGAUUUCUUGGUGCAAAAAAUUUUUACUCGUCUCAAGAUAAUUUUUACUUGCACUAGGAAAUUUUUUUUAUUAUGAAUUGAAAAUGGUAAUUUUCUUGAGGAAGAAAGGGAUAUGAGAUGCAAAAAAAAGAGCAAAUUCUUGGGAUUUUUUUUUCAGAGUACGUUUGUUAUUAAAAUUUUUUAAAUUUGUGACAUAACUAAGCAUCAUUCCAAGAAUAUUCUCCUAAAUUUUCAUAAAAAAAUAUUGAAAAAUAAGCCAGUGGUAGUGGGGAGAGACGAGUCACAAAAAAAAGUCUCCAUUGUAGGCAGGAUAACUCAUGACUGCUUCACCUGAAAUCAAAAAACCAAAAAGAUAUCUUUAGUACAUAAGUUUAUCUUAGAUUUGAACGAAGGAUUUUUUUUUUUUUUCAAUAACUACUUAUUUUUUAAUUAAACAAAAGGAACAAUUUUUGGCAAAAAUCAGUCUUUUGAUUGCACUUUUACCAAAAAUUCAAAAAUGAAUAUUUUGAUUAUUCCUUCGUUCAAAUCCUUCAAACUUAUGUACUAAGAAAUCUUUUUGGUUUUUUGAUUUUAGGUGAGGCAGUCAUGAGUUAUCCUGCCUACGAUGGAGACUUUUUUUAAGUGACUCGUCUCUCCUCACUACCACUGGCUUAUUUUUAAAUAUUUUUCUACAAAAAUUUAGCAGAACAUUCUUGGAAUUAUGCUUAAUAAUUCCACGAAUUUUAAGAAUUUAAAUAAAGAAGGUACUCUGCAAAAAAAAUCACAAAAAUAUGUAUUUUUUUUGCAUCUCAAACCCCUUUCUCCCUUAAAAAAAUUUCUGCUUCCAUUUCAUAGAAAAAAAAUUUCCUUGCGCCAAGAAAUUCUCUUUUUUGUGUAUAAUCAUUCUUUCAGUUAUUAAAUAUAUACAUACAUAUAUUUUUUUUCUUUUUUUAUAAUUUUUAUAAAUAAAUUUUAAUGCAUCGAUGCUUUUUUGUAUCUUCUGUAAAAAUAUUUUUAACUUAAAGAGCAUUUAUGAUUAAGAUGAUAAUGAAAUUAUAAUUUUUAUUAUUAUUAUUAUUAUUUUGACGAUUCAGUGUGUGAUGUUGAGUCUGCAAAAAAUAUUUAAAAAUACUAUUGUAUUAAACACUUAUGACAAUUUCUUUAUCGUCCUGACCUGACUUGGUACAGACGACAAAUUGUUUUUUAUAUUGUUCCAUUUUAGAACAUUUACAUAAAUUUUAUUAACAAUUUAAUUAAAUAUUUACAUAUAUUAAUAUGUUUAUUCGUUGAUCUUUACGUCAAGUUAUGAGCCAAUUAAUAAAAUAAUAAAUAAAUAUGUAAGUUUUUAACACGAAAAGAAUUUUGCAUUUUCAACACUACACAAAAAAAUUUAAGUUGAGCGAAUGUAACACGGACCUUGUAAAGACAAUAUACACAUAUGUGAACUCUCAACAUUUAAAAGAAGAUGAUAAAUAAAAUAAGAAAACUAGUCGUCAUUAAGGAUGCGGGUCACUGGAUAUUCCAGAUGAUCGCUCCAUUAUUUUCUUCCCUUUGCAUAUCUCUCUCGCGUAUGUGUCCUAAAAAUUAUUAUUGUAAUCCAAUAGUUAUAUAUAUAUAUAUAUAUAUAAAAAUUAUACAUAUUAAUAUUAUUGUAAUACUUCCAGAAGUAUUAUUUUCAUCAUGCAUUUUCUAGACACACUAGAUUGUAAUAGUUUAUUGGCUGUAUAAUUGUAUUGUUAUGUACUUUUAUUAUGUGAUGAUAUGAAUCUCAACAUAAUGUCUAGAUUAAAAAAAAAUCAAUAAAGCAUAAGAAUUUAACAAUUACUCCGAUUUUGAAUAUUUAUCAGCGAUUAUUAUUAAUUUUUUAUUUUUCUUUAAUAAUUAUCAGGUGGUGCUGAAGGUAGCAGACAAUUUUUUUUUUAAACGAACAAAUAAAAUACUUAUAGGGAAAAGUGCAGAGCAAGGUGGGAACAUAGGCAGGGCAGGAAAGAAAGGUUACGAUGAUUGAUCAUGCAGACUGUAAAAAUGAAGAUGAAACUUAGCAGCAGGUAUUUGAAUGCAGAGAACUAGCACAAGUCAAAGAUGAGAUAAGGAAAUUCGGGAGGCAUGGGAAAGACAAGCGGUGGAAGCAGACCUGUACAUGCUCCUAACAAACAGAAACGUGGAAUAACCGAAGCACCAGUGCCAGGAAAGCAGGGUUGUGUUUUUGAUUAUUAGAGCUGUUGAAAAUUACAUGUGAUAUUUGAUAAGCCAAAGUAGAAGCAGAAAGUUUCAAGUAAAAGACAUUAAACAUUUAAAAAUAUUAAUGUUACAAAGAAUUUAAUUACCCUAGAUUAUAAACAAAGAAAAAAUGUAAUCUAUACUUAUAAAGCUAAUUAAAAUAAUUUAUUGGUUGGUCUGGAGGGGAUGUUUUGAAAUUGACAUCAAUUAAAUGCUUGUAGUCUAAUUAAAAUCAUCGAUGCACUUGUAGGAAAUGAACUACUUUAUUAGUAAACACAAUGUAAUAAAAUACUAGUAAAAUAGCGCGGCAGGAAUUCAAAUAAACGGAGUUUAAAUAUCAGCGCACUCGUCUACUAAAUAUAUUUUAUUACAUUUGAAUUAUUUAUCAAUAACUUUUAAUCAGGUCUACAUUGAAAU